AUGGCGCUGAUGUCCCCCCAGCCCAACGACGAGCUCUUGAGCUCACUUGACAACCUCUUCGGGGACAAAGCCUAUUCCGACUUGACAGUCACCUGCCGGGGUGACGAAUACAAAGUCCACAAAGCCAUUAUCUGCCCGCGCUCGCCCUUCUUCGCAUCGGCAUGCAAUGGCCCUUUCCAGGAGGCGAGAACCGGCAUCAUCGACCUUCCGGAUGACGAUCCCCAGGCCGUGAAGCUGAUGAUCCGAUAUUUUUAUUACCUCGAUUACCCACAACAGCCGGAAGCCCAAGAUAAGGGUCCAGGAACUCCGAACAAGGUCAGCACGAAAACAAACUUCCCGAUGCCGGCAAUGGCCGCGGGAGCGAAAAAGAGCGGCCCAAAGAAGAAGGUGGGAUACUCCCCCCAACCAAACUUGACCGUUCACGCCAGGGUGUAUGCUCUGGCGGAGAAAUACGACAUCAAGGGGUUGAAGACGCUAUCGCUCGGAAAGUUCGAGAUAGAGGCAGACCUUCACUGGGACAGCGAUGACUUCAUGUGCGCCGUUGAGGAGGUGUACACCUCCACGGUAGAUGAAGAUCGGGGCAUGAGGGAUGCGGUGGUCGAGGCCGUUUACAACAAUGCCGGCGUCCUCGAGAAGGAGUCGAUGCAGAAUCUGGUCAAACGCCUGCCUUUGUGUUUUGACCUCAUGAUGAGGUUCCGUGGCUGGCUUUAG